AUGGAGGACAGCUCGCUGUCGGAGUGUGAGAUGGAAAACAAAGGGACGAGUGGUAGAAAUGAGCCUGUCGGAUUGCCCAUAGCGUCGUCUGCUGGAUUUUCACCCAGUUCAGAGGACCGUCACGACGGCACCAGCAAUGGGACAGCCAGGCUACCUCAACUGGGCGGCGUGGGCCAGAGUCCCUACACGAGCGCCCCUCCGCUCUCCCACACGCCGAACUCGGACUUCCAGCCCCCGUACUUCCCCCCACCCUACCAGCCCAUCUACCCGCAGUCUCAGGACCCUUACUCGCACGUCAACGACCCGUACUCUCUCAACUCCCUGCACGCCCAGCCGCAGCCGCAGCACCCGGGCUGGCCGGGCCAGAGGCAGGGUCAGGAGAGCGGCCUGCUGCACCAGCACCGCAGCCUGCCCCACCAGCUGUGCCGGGACUACCGCAGGGAAGUGCUCCUACCGUCCGGCCACGGCAUCGAUACUGGACUGUCAGACUCUAUCCCUAUCCAUGGAAUACCUCACUCUUUAGAAGACGUUCAGUCUGUUGAGGAUCAAGGAAUUCACAUUCCCGACCAGACUGUAAUUAAAAAAGGUCCAGUGUCUUUAUCCAAGAACAACAACAUCUCAGCCAUCCCCGUAAAUAAAGACGGUCUUUUCGGAGGGGUGGUAAACCCCAACGAGGUGUUCUGCUCAGUUCCGGGUCGCCUGUCCCUCCUCAGCUCCACAUCAAAGUACAAGGUCACGGUGGCGGAGGUGCAGAGACGCCUCUCGCCGCCCGAGUGCCUCAACGCCUCUCUUCUGGGCGGGGUGCUGAGGAGGGCCAAGUCUAAGAACGGGGGAAGAUCCUUAAGGGAGAAGCUGGAUAAAAUCGGCUUGAAUCUACCUGCAGGCAGACGCAAGGCAGCAAACGUCACCUUGCUGACGUCACUAGUCGAAGGCGAGGCGGUACAUCUUGCCAGGGAUUUUGGUUAUGUAUGCGAGACCGAGUUUCCAGCCAAGGCAGUAGCUGAAUAUGUAAACCGUCAGCAUUCCGACCCAAACGAACAAGUCCAAAGAAAAAACAUGCUAUUGGCCACGAAGCAAGUCUGCAAAGAGUUCACAGACCUGCUGUCCCAGGACCGCUCGCCGCUGGGAAACUCACGGCCGCAGCCAAUUCUUGAACCGGGAAUCCAGAGCUGUUUGACCCACUUCAGUCUAAUCUCGCACGGUUUCGGGACCCCGGCACUGUGCGCGGCUGUCACAGCCCUGCAGAACUAUCUGACCGAGGCUAUCAAAGCCAUGGACAAAAUGUACCUCAACAACAACCCCAACAGUCACUCAGAUAACGGCACUAAAGGCGGAGACAAAGACGAGAAGCACAGAAAGUGAUGUUUCCAUCCCACCUUCACCAGGGCCAAACCCCGGGGCCCUUCUUCUACACCGACCCACACUCCUCCGCCUUGCCCCGGCCCCCACCCAUCCAAUAUAAAUAUUAUAAAUACCUUAUAAAUACUAUUGAUAAAGUUAAACGUGCCACUUCCUGAUCUUGCGCGGUUUUACAUGUAUUGUUUUUACAUCCCACUUUGGAUUCACGGGGGAACGACGCAAGAUUCUUCUUCUUCUUCCAACACCUGAACCAUAAGAAAUGUUAUUUAAAAAAAAAAAGAAAAGAAAAAAAGCUGCAAAGGAACAGCUCCAGGGCGAGGAAAAGGUGUAUUGCCUCAGCCAGAGGACUUUUUAUGUACUCCCCUUAUUUUUUAUGAGCUGCAACGAAUGGACUGAAAUCCAGCGACCCCUCUAUAUCUCAAUUUUACGAUUGUGACAAAAACGAAGCUAAAAGAGGAUGAAUUCUUAUCAGUAUUGUGAAUAAUAAACUUGAAAAACAACGAGAAAUUCCACAGAGCUCCAUGUCAUGACUUCAGUUGUAGACUCUCUCACUCUCCAAGCGACCAACUUGAACUUUUUGAAUUUCAACACGAUUCACGGUUAUAUAAGGGAAUCAGUGUUCAUGUAUGUAUAUAUUUAUUUAUGUGUAAUUUAAUGGGAAUUGUAAAUAUGGUGCGUCUGUUGAAACUUCUUUUGUUUUUAUUUAUCUGGUGCCUCCUGUUUUAGUGGGUUUGAAUAUUCGGUUAGUUCUUCAUGUGAUUUUAUGGUUCUUAGAAAACAGAAGUUUGGGGUAUUUUUAUUUCUCUGGGAUAUUUCAAUUCAGCCCUCUUGUAGCAUGUUGAGGCGACAUUGAAGCAAGUGAACAAAUUUAAUAGAAAUAAACUUCCAUUUCUCUCUAUAUAUAUCAUCCUUAUUCAGUUUUAUUUUAUUUGAGACAGAGCAUAAGUGAGACCCUGAGGAGAACUGUUUUUUGUUUGUUUUUUUGUGUUUCUACUUUCGUUUUUAUACAAGCUUUUAUGUGUUGUGCCAAUCAGAAUACGUUUCACCUCUUGUUCUCUCCUUGAAGCACCAUAAAAGCAAUAAAUGGAAAAUUGUCUUUUUUUAAAUGUUGGAAGACAUUCAAAAAACAUUUUUUGGGACCACCUGAUAUCUUGUUAUGUCCGAUAAUGUCCAAAAUUGGAGGCGGUUUUAGCUGUAUUGUAUAGACAUGUGCUGGCAAUAGUUCCCAUGCCUGUCAAUGUAUUAUAGUCCUUUGUUGCCCAGAAAAAAAAUAA